AUGUCUCUCGCCUGUCAGUCCGCGCUGCGCUCCUGCGCCCGCGCCGCCAGGAGCUCCCCCGUCCGCGCCUCCGCCUCUCAGCUCUCCCGCAGCACCUCCGCCCGGAGAUGGCAGUCCACCGACGCCGCCGCUGCGCCCACCAACCCCAAGAUCGCCGGCAUCGUUGACCAGAUUAGCCAAUUGACCCUGCUCGAGACUGCCGACCUCGUUUCCACGUUAAAAACUCGCCUGAACAUUCCCGAUAUGCCAAUGGGUGGCUUCGCUGCCGCUCCUGCCGCUGCCCCCGCCGCUGCCCCUGUUGAGGAGGAGGAGGCCGCCCCCGCUGCGCAGGAGAAGACGCUGUUCAACCUGAAGCUCCAAAGCUUCGACGCCGGCGCCAAGCCCAAGAUCAUCAAGGAGAUUAAGAGCAUGCUGGGCUUGUCGCUGGUGGACAGCAAGAAGUUCGUCGAGAGCGCACCCAAGCAGAUGAAGGAGGCCGUGCCCAAGGACGAGUGCGAGAAGAUCAUCGAGACCAUGAAGGGUCUGGGUGCCGUUGUGGUCAUGGAGUAG